AUGCUGUUGAAGAAACUUCGGUGUAUGUUCCUGGCCAUCGCUGUGGUGCAGGUCGGUGUUCAUUUCCAGCGGAUGGACUCAAGCGGAGACAUUUCUAACGCAUGUGAACUACUUGCAGGGGAGCAUAGACUCGAGGCGUUGAGGCCGGAGUGCAAGGCCUUCCUACACAAGCAGAUCCACAGGUUGGAUGCUUCACAGCCCGGUUUCAAGCGAUGGCAGCAGUCGGUAUGUGUGGGAAGCUUCGUCUGCAACGCCUUCACGUCUUGGAGGAGAGAGGAGGUCUUACACUGGCACAGGGCAUUGGGGCUGUCGCCAGCAUUUGACUCAACGGACUGGGACGUGCAGCCGGCAGAGGAGCGCGACAGCUCACCGUCGAGGCCUGUGGCAAGCGUUCCAGACAACACCUCGAGCUCGAGGUGUUCCGCCGAGCCGCUGGGGUCGGAAGAUCCCUUGGCACGGCGGUGCCUUGGCGACGCGGCCGACGCGUAUGAUGACCUUGCUGACGUUCGCGUAGUGGCAGUGGUCUUCACCGGGCGUGGGUCCCGAAUGCGUGCGCUGCUGCCUUAUCUACGCCGGGACCUGAGAGCCCACCAGGGAAUUCUGGACCGCAUUAUUUUCGCUCUGAUUCGACCAGAUUCUUUGGCAUUGACACUCGUUGAGCAGAUGCAAAGCCUCUAUGCGCACAUACCGAGCUGCAUUGAGAUCCGAGACUACACGGAAGCUUCGUGGUCAGAUUUUCGCCAAGAUUCUCCGGCAAACUCGCAUCACCGCAUCCCAAUGCUGUACAAAUCAUUGAAUGAGACCAACACGGUGUAUGUCAAGGUUGAUGACGACAUCGUGUUCUUGGCGAGGCAUGCCAUUGCUGAGCUGGUGCGCGAGAAGCUGCGGCGCCGUUGCAUGUUCGUAUCAGCCAAUGUGGUGAACCAUGCCAUCCUUUCAGCAGUUCACCAAGAGGACGGGGCUCACCGUGGUUUUGAGCCAGGGCACCUGGACGCGGACACUGGUAAGCAGUCAUCUUCCAGUGCUUGGAUCCGUGUGGCAGAUGUCAACAUGGACGCAUCCUAUGUGUUUGAGCGGCACCCGAUGGGCUCUUGCGUUUUCAAGCGCUGGGACUGCGCUGCCUUGGUGCACGAGAGCUUUUUGGAUAGGGAACGUGAUGGAACCCUAUGCGCUUUCGACUUUGGCUGGUUCGAUUUUCACAGGGCAGGCUUCCGGGAGCACCAGUACGUCCACUUUUCGCCUUGGUCGGGACAGACUUGGCAUGCGUCGGGGGCCAGAUGGAGCAUAAAUUUGUUCGCGCUGGAGGCUUCAGAUCUGCUUGGAGUGGACUGGUCCCGUGUGCACGGGCCUGGAGAUGACGAGGAGGAGUUUGGUGGAAACCACGCGGAGCGCACGGGCGGCCACGCCUGCGCAGUUGGGCGAAGCCUCGCCGUCCACUUCUCCUACGCACCGCAACAGGAGCGGCUCCUGUCCCAGACGGAUCUUUUGCAUCGAUAUGUGGAGCUCGCCAGAACCGGAUCUGCAGCCGAAUUCUUCUUGAGCUGA